GAAGGCGAUCCCAUCAAUAGCGGAAUGUCAGUGAACGGCGGAACCAUUAAUAGUGACGAUACUCUUGAUGUCCAGUACCGACAAAAUAUUUAUAUGAAUGGCUACGGAAGACAUUUCGAUGUCGUCGGCAAUUACAAUAAGUUCGCGCAUUUGGAUCCAUCCGUUUCCGGGUAUCCUAUCGUCCAAAUGAACGGACACUUAAGGGAAAAUAGUCAGAGUUCGGGCCGAUACUCAUCAGAUCCCGUCAAAGUCAUGGGUAAAGACGGAGAUUUUUGUGAAAUAAUGAGAAACAAUACGAAUAUGUCGUCGAAGAGCGUUGAUUUCGCGUUCAAACUGCCAGUCGAUGAGGACGACUAUCUCAUGCCUUCGCCCGGACCUAUCGGUCAGCCGCCCACGAGUUAUAUGGAUUUGAUCGGUGACGCCAAGCGAGCAGAAUCGGUGAACGGAAAAGUAAAGGACUACCGGUUUAUUCCGGACUUCCUGCCAGUCAAGGGUCAGCCCCGAUGUCUCGACAACUUGGAGUACCAUCUGAUGAAUCGGGAGCACGAAUACGUCAACUCAGUGCCCAACUCGCCGUUGGCAAUGCCCACCGGUUUGCCAUUCACGCAGAAUAUGCAUCCCAUUCCCAUACAGUCGAACCCCGCUGUAAUGAACGGCAACUGUCCGCCAAUGGUCCAGAAUGCCAUUGUGGGUACCCGUAGGGUCAGCGGCAGCGAUAUGGAGGAGAAUAUGUCCGACGAUCACGAAUAUUACAACGAAUUCGAUAGACUUCAGCGGGAAUUACAACCACUGAAUCUGAGGAGGAAUGAGACAACCGUUUAG